UAAACGUUUUGAGGGAAAAAUUUAAUAAAAAAUUUCGAUAUUUAAGGACUUUAUUUAUUUAAGGAAGGAAGGAAAAUCGAGUAUUUAACGGUGUUGCAAAGACAUGGCUGACUAUUGGAAAAGCAACGAUCGCGCCUUUUGCGACUACUGCAAAUGUUGGUAUGCCGAUAACCGUGCGAGCAAAGAAUUCCACGAAAAUGGCAAGAAACACAAGCAAAAUGUCCAAAAACGUCUCUCGGAAAUCGGCAGGAAGGCAUACAAAGAUGCCCAAAACGAGCGCAAAAUGGAAGCUGACAUGCGAAAAAUGAAUGAAGGUGCCAUGGCGGCAUAUGCAGGCGAUUUAGCAGCUGGAUCGGACUACACGACGCGUCUUCAUAACGAAAGAGCUGCCGCUGCUGCAGCAUCUGCUCGAGGAAUUGGACCUCAAGUUGAUCCUUUCGCGAUAAAAUUGCCCGAAGAUGACAUUGAACGCCCCCUGACGAAGGCAGAAGAGGAAAAAGCGGCGUCUUUAUGGUGCGAAGCCCUAACUGACGAGGGACACACGUAUUAUUGGAACGUAAAAACGGGCGAAAGUACGUGGGAGGAACCGAAAGAGGGAUUUAUGACGUACAAGGAGUACCAAAAGUUACAAGAAGACAUUGAACGGAAGCAACGAGAAGAAGAAGCAAAAUUCUCGAAAGAUUUUGUGGAAAAUGCUGAUGAAAUUGCAGCGGCAUACAAUCGAGAAAAGCUAAAAUCGUAUCGAAAAAUCACGAGACCCGAAUCGGGAUCAGAAAGUGACGACGAUGCGAAGGGAAAUGAACCGGGCACGUCAAAAAAGAAGAAGAAAAAGAAGAAGGACGAAGUAGAUGAGAAAUUUGGAUGGGAGAAUCCCGAAGAAGCAGCAAGACCGGUUGGGCAAUGGCAAACUGUAGAAGCUCCAAAACCAAUGGCUCCUGUUGACCUUGAACUUCCCACGAGAUACGAAGCUCCAGUGUUCGUGCCAUCAGAACCAGAGCCUGCACCUGUCAAAAAAUUCAAGGAAAAGACAAUUACGAGUAUAGAUGCCGACGAACCGGGAUUUUUCAAGAAACGAAAGAUCGCUGGCGGCAACAGAAAUGCCCGAAAACGUUUGGAUGACGACGAAUAGACGAUAUUUCUUAUAAAAUAAAUUGAUUUUCUUUAAUUUACAUCUUUAA